GAUAAUGGCGGCACAACCCCGACCAUUCCACAUUGCCGCCGGUGCCGGAGGCCAGCACGCACCGGUGGACACGACCUUCACAAAAAUCUUCGUCGGGGGGCUCGCAUGGGAGACACAAAGGGAAACCAUGCGUCUCUACUUUGAGCGGUUCGGCGAGAUCCUGGAAGCCGUCGUCAUCACCGAUAAGCACACAGGACGUUCCAAAGGCUACGGCUUUGUGACGUUUAAGGAUCCCGAAGCGGCGGCGCGAGCUUGCCUUGAUCCGUCGCCGGUGAUCGACGGCCGAAGAACAAACUGUAACCUUGCUUCUCUCGGCGCAAUCCACCGGCCUCGACCGCCCGCUCCUCAACUUGGCCAGUCUCCUUGAUUUCUCCCUAAUUAGUUUUCAACACUCUUUCUGCUUGCAUUUUCUUUAAAAUUUUACAGGAUUAUGCUUGUCUAAAUAGGGAAUAGCCGGUUUUGGCCUCCGAUGCCUUCGAUGCCUUCCUCUGCAUACCGUAGAGCCUCUGUUUCCAGUGCUUACUUCCAUCAACCAGCUCACUAUGCCUUACCUUAUUCACCCUACGGGUAACCAAACUGUAGUGUUCCUUUUUUAUUGCUCCCUCAUCUUUCUCCUCCUUGUUUUGAAAUGCCAUUAAAAGCCUCUUCUUUGGUUUAUCUGU